GGUUGGGAAAAGACUACCACCUCUAUCCAUCAGCCGAGCAUCCUCGGGGAAGUCACUUCGAGCGCGCGAGCGGUCAGUGCGGCAUUUCUGUCCGUCCGAGCAAAUGGAUCAUUAAACAGCGCAGGAUGUGACUGAGGGACCCAAAUAAGAAACUAAACUAUUAUUUUCCGCUGCUCCAAUCACGCUGGUUAGUCCCUUAUUGUUUUAUUCUUUCACUUGGGUUUUUGUUUUCUCUUUUCAUCAUUAAUUUGCGGAUGUUUCGGCGAACACUUUCGAAGUGAUGUCAGGAGGAAAUGUCAUAAAUGUAGCUGAAUGAAUGAAAAGUUCAAAGAUUUUUCAUGGAUGGGGUCUAAUCUAAUGUCAAGCUGGUUGUGAAGGUGUUUGAUCUGGUCCCCUCGACCCCAGCUGGAGUCCCCAUGGCUGCUGGAGUGGCAGCCUGGCUCCCCUUCGCUCGGGCGGCGGCCAUAGGAUGGAUGCCCGUGGCCAACCUGCCCAUCUACUACGUAACCGGAUUCUUCAUCGCCAUAUCUGUCAUCACCAAUGUGGUUGAGACAGUUCCUUGCGGUUCUAUGCCAAACCAGAGAGACAUCCCUUGCGGUGAGCGCUACACAGAGGCGUUUUUCUGCAUGGACACGGCUUGCGUAAUGAUCUUUACGGUGGAGUAUCUGAUGCGACUGUUCGCGGCGCCCAGCAGGUACCGCUUCAUGAGAAGUGUGAUGAGCAUUAUCGAUGUGGUGGCCAUCUUGCCGUAUUACAUUGGGCUCGUCAUGACCAACAACGAGGACGUAAGCGGAGCUUUCGUCACGCUACGGGUGUUCCGCGUCUUCCGGAUCUUUAAAUUCUCCCGCCACUCCCAGGGUCUCCGGAUCCUUGGCUACACGCUGAAGAGUUGCGCGUCCGAGCUCGGCUUCCUCCUCUUCUCCCUCACCAUGGCCAUCAUCAUCUUUGCCACAGUCAUGUUCUACGCUGAGAAAGGCUCCUCGUCCAGCAAGUUCACCAGCAUCCCGGCCUCCUUCUGGUACACCAUUGUAACCAUGACAACACUGGGGUGA